AACAGAUUUGGAGGAUUUACAGCAGAAGGUAAUGUCAGAGCGUGAGAAAUAUCAGCAGACGGCACAAAGUAACACGGCUAUCUCUGCUGUACCAAGCUUUCAUAUCAAUGAUAAAUUUGUACUAAACAGAGAAGAUGCCAGUUAUACUCUCAGUCUGGAGUUACAGAUGCCUAUAGAUAAUGUCCUAUUACAGAGUGAUGUACCGAUAGAUUUACUGGAUGUUGAGAAGAACUCUGCUGUUGUCAGUUACAGUGCCUGUCAUCCUGAGGAGGGUAACUUCCUGCUAGCAACAUACAGAUGUCAGGCUAACACGACCCGUUUAGAGUUGAAGAUACGGUCUAUUGAGGGACAGUACGGUACAAUACAGGCCUAUGUUACACCAAGAGUUCAACCAAAGACUUGUAAAGUGAAACAGUAUCAGAUUAAACCUCUCUCACUUCAUCAGAGGACUCAUGUCUUUGAUGAUAACAGACCACAUAACACGUUGAAGUUGACAGGACAGUUCAGUCAGGCUGAGAUGCAUUCUUGGGUAUGUUUCUGUCUCCCUGAACUACCAGAGAAAACGCCACCUGGUGACAAAGUACAAUUUCACUUCAUAUCAACAUUCCUUGAUACUCAACUAGAGUGUUUAUACAGUAAAGGUUUGGCAACAUUCAGAUCUGACAACAUCUCAACAAUCUCAAUUCUCAAAGAUGUUCUCACAAAGGAAGCCACAAAGAAAAAAGUCAGAUUGGAUAUAACAUAUGAUGUAAAUGAAGACUCAAUUCCCUACACCCUGAACCUUAUUCAUCCUAAACUAGAGUACCAGUUAUUGUUAGCCAAGAAAGUUCAACUUAUAGAUGCUCUAAAGGAGCUUCACGUCCAUGAGAACAACUUAGAAUUCCUAUCACCAGAGUACCGUCAGAUUCUGGAGGAUGCCGAUCAGUUGAAAAUUGAGUACAAAAGACAACCAUGUCACCUUGAGAGAUUGUAUGGUAUGAUCACAGACUUGUUCAUAGACAAAUUUAAGUUCAAAGGUCAGAACAUGAAGGGGCGUGUACCAGCACUACUUGAAGUUCUGGACAAUUAUGAUCUACAAACAUUAGUGCAAUUCUUUGAACAGACACAAUAAUAUAAAGCACUGGAAGAAAAAACUUUUAUCUUGAUCAGAUUUAACUUAUUGUAUUGAAACAAAAAGGUCACAUAUUUGAAGUUCAAAAAUUUGAAAAAUGGUGUGUAUUCUGGCAAAGGCAAGUUUAAGGGAUUGAUGAUUUUUACAUGCAUUAUUUAAUGUCCUGUUAUUGAGUAUUGACAUUUUUUGAUGGGUAAUUGAUAUAUGAAAUAUGUUUAUUGAUUCCGUCCAUGUUUCUCAGUGAGAGAAAAAUGGCAUAUUUAUAUUGCCAUGGAGAAGUUUGUGGCACGUCAUUCUCAGUUUAGAUGACUCAGUUAGCUUUAAGUGAAUACAUUGUACAAUGUCCUUAAUCAUCCUUUGUGCAUUCAUUAUAGUAAAGUUUCUUCUGUUUAAGUGGACGAAAAUAUUGUAGUCAUGUGUUUUAUUUAUUUUAUUUUUAUUCUAUUUAUAUCAAUGUGAUAAUUAUUUUGUCUAUGAAGCUUCAUUAAAGUGAUUGUCUUAA